AUGAGUUGCCGAGGUGAUUCGCGUGAUGAAUAUAAACAAAUGACUGCUUCAAUGCUGGGAACUGAGGCUAGACUGAAGCCUGAAGAGAGUCCGGUAAAGUUGAACGGGUCCGGAGAUGAAGGCUGUAAUGUUGUUUCAGUUGUUGUCAGUUCCCACGAACUUCAGAUACGUCAACACGUUUCGUCAGUUGCGUGCCCUUCGGCGUCCAUAUUUCCGUUUGCGCUGACUUGGCCAAGCCCGUAA